CCGCGUUUUGGUAGUUGAGGAAAUAGUAGAGAGUUGCCGACACAAACAAGGAAUCUCAGGCUCCGACAUCCAACCGUUAACCACAACAUCAAAACAAAACCUGUUUUUGUGAUCGCUCGCUGUGCUGUCAGUGAAAGCGUUCUUCAUCAUUACGAAACCAUCGACAUGCCGCCAAAGAAGCGCAGCAGCGGAACACCACAGAUGAAGGAGUUAAAGGGGAACAUGAAGAGCGGUUCACCGGACAGCAGCGACAACACAGUGCUGACCCCUGAGAGACACAAGGACAAGGAGUCUGCAUUUGUGUCUCUUUGUGAGGAGCUCCAGGUGACCAAUGCAACCUGUGAUCACGCUUGGAGAAUUUGGGAGAAGGAGAUCAAGGCCAUGGACAAGGCAAAUAUGCCGUAUUCAAACAGACAGCUGUGGGGAGCUUGUUUGUUUAUUGCAGGCAUAGAGCGUGAUGGCACCAGUCUCACCUUCACUGAAUUCCAGAAAGUGGUUGGUCUGAGUGUGAAGCAGUUCAGCAGCCUUGUGAGGAAGAUGGAUGUAAACGUGGACACAAUAAGCCCUAAAGUGGACAUUGCUGUGACAAGACUGGAAAAGAAAUAUGAUGUGACCGUGGCCAUUUACCAAAGAUUUGUCAAGUAUGAGAAUCACCUUACGAACACUUCUGCAAACAGUAUUUUUCCGAGGUUUUCAGUAUCACACACUGCAUACAGGACGUGUGAAAAAAUCUUUGCAGAGCCUGACAAAGCUAAGAGAAAAGAGCUUUUGGAAAGCAGCUGGACCAUGUUCCUUUUGGCCAAAGGAGUGGUUCUGCAGAUGGAGGAUGACCUGGUGAUAGCCUUCCAGCUACUGCUGUGUGUGCUAGAGUUCUUCACCAAGCGCUGCAUGCCUUCUGUACUUCAGUCGCCUUACAAGUCAGCUGUUAGUUCAUCAACCCUGAGUCCUCUGACCAGGACAUCCAGACGUAAUCAGAGCAAAGCCAAACCUCGUCCCCCAGAGAUGAACAUGCAGUUAUUGGAGACACUUUGCAAGGAGGGCGACUGCAAUGUGGAUGAGGUGAGAAACAUGUACCAGACUACUUUCUGUGCAUUCCUGGACUCUGUGGGUUUGUUAGGACUCCAAGAGAUUCCUCCGAUGGAAACACUUUCCAAACAAUAUGAAGAGCUGUACCACAAAAACAAGGACUUUGAUGCCAGGUUGUUCUUAGUUGAUGAUGAGACGCUUUCACCAAGCAAAACAGAAGUGACAAAGGUGGAAAUGACUCCAAGAAAGAAUCACUGUGGUGAGGACGUCAUAAUUCCAGUCCCACAGACCCCAAUCAGAGCUGCAAUGAAUUCCAUACAGCAGCUCAGGGUUGAACUGAACUCCACAAGCGACCAGCCCUCAAGCAAUCUCCAAGUCUAUUUUAAGAACUGCACAGUUGACCCUUCAGAAGAGAUAACAAAGAGGGUUGAGGAGCUGAGUCAGGUCUUCAGCCAGAGGUUUGCACAGGCUGUGGGCCAGCGAUGUGAGGGGCUGGGCAGAAAGCGCUUUAAUCUUGGUGUCCAACUCUACUACAAAGUCAUGGAGUCCAUGCUUAAAUCGGAGGAAAAGAGAUUAUCUGUGCAGAACUUCAGUAAACUUCUCAACAAUGCAGCAUUUCAUACCUCUUUGCUGGCAUGUGCCCUAGAAGUUGUUUUGGCAACUUAUGUUGGAAACUCCCUAAAGAAUGGGGGCUUUGGCCGAGGCUGUGGAGCCAGUGAUUCCAUAGAAACUGAUCUGUGCUUCCCCUGGAUCUUGGAUGUCUUCCAGUUACAUGCUUUUGACUUCUACAAGGUGAUAGAGAGCUUCAUUAAAGCUGAGCCCACCCUGAAACAUGACAUGAUGAAGCACUUGGAGCACUGUGAACAUGUCAUCAUGGAAAGUCUUGCAUGGAGAGGGGACUCUCCACUGUUUGACCUUCUCAAACAGUCUCGCGAAGAAGGAACUGGUGAACAAGCAGAGCCCCCGGCAACACUGAACCAACCCCUGCAUCACAACCAUACAGCGGCUGACCUGUAUCUCUCUCCUGUACGGCCAAGUCGUCAACCCCCAACAAUAGAGGCUGAGCCUCCCAUACCAGGCUGCCGACCACCCCGAUCAAACUCUCUGAGCCUCUUCUAUAAAAAAUUGUACAGGAUGGCCUACCUCCGGCUGAAAAUGCUUUUCUCUCAACUGCUGACCUCACACCCUGAGCUGGAGCCAAUAAUAUGGACCUUGCUGCAGCACACACUCCAGAACGAGUAUGAAUUAAUGCGAGACAGACACUUGGACCAGUUGAUUAUGUCAGCCAUGUAUUCCAUAUGCAAGGUGAAGAAUGUGGAUUUGCGCUUCAAAACUAUUGUGACUGCUUACAAAGAGCUGCCCAAUACUAAUCAGGAGACAUUUAAGCAUGUGUUGAUCCGGGAUGGACAAUACGAUUCUAUAAUUGUCUUCUACAACCUGGUCUUCAUGCAGAGGCUGAAGACUAACAUUCUUCAAUAUUCCUCUCCACGGCCACCUCCUCUGUCUCCCAUCCCCCGUAUCCCCUGCAGCCCCUACAAAAACUCUCCUCUGCGAGUGCCCGGUAGCAAUAAUGUCUACGUCUCGCCAUUGAAAAGCCGUAUGUCUCCGGUGGUCAUGACCCCACGGAGCAGAAUUCUGAUAUCGAUUGGCGAGUCGUUUGGGUCAGCAGACAAAUUUCAAAAGAUCAAUCAAAUGGUGAGCAGCAGUGAUUGGUCCCUCAAGAGGAGUCUGGAAGGAGGCUCCACCCCCAAACCCCUGAAGAGAUUGCGCUUCGACAUGGAUGGGCAGGAUGAAGCUGAUGGAAGCAAAUCGAGUGGUGAAUCAACACUUAUUCAGAAGCUGGCAGAAAUGAGCUCAACUCGAACUCGGAUUCAGGAGCAAAAAUUGAAGGAAGAGUCUGUUAAAGAGCAUCCAGAGCCCUGAGUCAAGACAAUGUGCAUCUUGAUAAAACCACUCCGCCAUCAAAAAGUGUUUUACAUUUUAGACUCAUUCACCUAUUUUAGAAUUUUAGCGGUGCACUGCAUUUCCUGAAAUAGCAGAGGUGUUUUACCUGUAUUAUUUCCUGUGUUUCAAGUUUGAGUGUCCAUGAAGGAGUUUUUAUUCUUUAUUUUAUAUAGUAGUUGACAGUGUAAUUGAGAAAAUAAUGUGGAGGUACUCAGUGCAACUACAAACAUAUACAAAUGGUUGGUUUAACAUGUCAUGAUAAUUUAUUAUUUUGGUUUUUGGUUGUCAUUGUCAUUUAUUUUUUCCCUUCAUUUUAGAGCUGCCUACUUUAUUUUGCAGUCCUGGAAAUUGUGAUUUACUGUGUGUAAAAUCACAUUUGUUCAGAAUCAUGUUUUGGGCAAAAGCAACAGCCUUUUGUAGAUCUGAAUCCUACUUAUAGCCUUUUCUAAACAUUUUUUUUGGAUUGAUAUGAUUGAAUGGAUUUAAUUUUAAAAAAUUAUUGUUAUAGAAAUUGGCUGCAGUUUAAGCAUUAUUGGGUUUGAUGUUUUAGGGUUGUGAUUGGUGUGUGAGUGGACGUGUGUUUGUCAACACCUGGUCUUUUAUUGACCUUUUUUAUGUUCUUCCUGGACCGAGUAAACCAUUUUUGUUAUGGAAUUGUACGAUUUUUGAAGAUUAUGUUUUGAUUGUUUAUGCUUUGUAAUUUCUCUAAAAAAAAAAAAAAAAUUAUCUUUAAUGUUCUUUACAAAAGAUUAUGUAAUGCCUUGAAUGUUUAUCAAAUGACUUGUUUGGAAAAGCAAAAUGAAAUGUUCCUGUUUUUAAAUAUAGAAGAUAUGACACCUGGAUGUGCAUCACAUUUCCGCAUGUAUCAUAUGUAGAUAAUGAUGUAUUACACCCUUUUGUAUCGAUAACACAUGCCUAAACAGAGGUUGGCAGAUGCGUCCUUCCAUACUGGAAUGCAUUUUGCCAGGAAAUGAUAAGCUCCCCAAUGCCUUGGUUUGUGAAUCACAUUAAAGUUGCUUAAGUUCAAACAUUUAUCUGAAGAGCAGGCACCAUUCUUAGCAUUUUAAUUAUCAUAGAUUUGUAUUUUUUACUGGAUAUAUUUGAAGAUGCAAAAAUGGUUUUCAAGUGCAUACCCAAUCCUUAAAGGCAAAGUACACCUAAAAAUUAAAAUUAUGCCAUAAUGUCUUCUGUGGAACACCAAAAGAGAUGUAGGCAGAAUGACCGCCUCAGUCACCAUUCACUUCCAUUGUAUGGAAUGCAGUGCAAGUAAAUGGUGACUUGAA